AUGUCCAAAGAAGGCGAAAACAGAUACGAGCAGAAUGAAGAAACGGAGGAGGAGAGUCUGAAGGGGGGAGGUCCCCCCCGGAAGAAUAAAGGUAGUUCGGCGGGUUCAGAAUAUUCAGAAGAUGAUGAUGUAGGGGGAAGCGAGGAGGGAGGUAUGGAUGGAAAUUUGGAGGGGGAGGACGACGAUGAUAACGAUUAUGAUGAUGACGAUGACGGGUUGGACGAGGCGGAAGAAGACGGAAUCAACGAACGAAUCAACGAACGAAUCAACGGACGAAACCUAGAAAGCGAAAAAGUGGAAGAAGACAUCUUCAACGAAAAUAACCUGUUGCACGCAAUAAAAACGAGAGAAGUACUAGAGCAGGAAAUUCUAGUACUCUUUAGCAAUAUGCUAAAAAAAGAGGUCGUGUUAAACAAGGAUAUAAAGAGUACAAGUCGGGAAGAGGUAUCGGCGUACAAAGGAGACCAUGUGGAUGAUGACGAUGACGAACAGACACUGGAUAAGAAUGAAAAGGGAGGUGCAAACAGAAAGAAAGAAACAGAAAAAAAAACAAAUUUCAAGAUAAAGAAUAAAGAGCUAUACAAUUAUAUAUACAGUAAGAUGAAUUUAAGUGCUACGGAAGGAACAGAAAAAAAGAGGGAAGAUAAAGGUGCGGAAGGUAAGGUUAUCGAGUCGAGUCUCUCAAGAAAAGAAGGACACGGUAGUAGCAGUAGCCGUAGUAGUAGCAGCGGUAGCAGCAGGCGAAGUGGUAAGGACAAUCACAGCCACAGCCACAGCCACAGCCACAGUCACACCCACAGUCACAGUCGCAAGGAACUGGAAAAAAGUAAUCGUUUUAGAAAAAUUAGUAACAUCGAGCAAGUAGAAAAAGAACACUACAUCUUGGAUAACAACGUGGUGAAUAUACUGAACGACAUCAACACCUACUUGAGAAGGGAAAGAGAGUACCUCAACCGGAAGUUUGGAAAUCAUGUGGACUCCACCUUUAAGAACCCAAUGUAUGUAACCCUCUAUAUAUAUAACAACCAGAUUCUGAAGGACAUAAUUCUACAGAUGAUUAACAUUGUUAAGAACGAAUUCGAUAGCUCCAUCUAUAGAGACAUAGAUGAAACUAUGUUGGCUAGAAAUAUUUUCAUCUUGAUCAAUCAUCUUACUUCUCGACCAAGCAAGGAGUGGUUCGAUUAUUGGAACAAGCAUAUGCCCACGUUUAACAACAAGAGGAACGAAUUCAAUGUAUACAAUUACCUACAAAUUGAGAAAAACGAAAAAAAAAUAUUCUCGGGGGUCCUAAAGAAUGAUAUUUACUUCAAGGAGCUACAGAAACGCUCAAAUAUCAUUGAGCAGUAUCAAAAUGGUCUCCAAAGUUUGAAGUGCCUUUUGUCAAGUAGAAAUUUUCUUAUUCUCCUAAACGAGUUUAGGUACAACUGUCAACUCUUCAUCGAUGCUGAUUAUCGGGGCAUUGAGGAGAACGAGAAGGUUCUUGAGAUGCAGCGGAGGGACGCGCAGCUGAUUGAGGAGAAGAGUCGUCUGAAGGAGGAGCUGCAGUUCUGUCGGGAGCGUCUGAAGGGUGCAGCUAGCGAUGAACAGGAAGGAGAAGGUGGAGAUGAUAGUGCAGAAGGUCGUGGAGAUGAUGGCGGUGGAGGCGAUGGCAACUUGGUCGACGGUGUCAGUGGUGGUGACAAACAGAAUAGUGACGAUGGUAGCGGUGAGGAAGCUAACCACGAGGAGGAUGCCACCAUACCGAAAAAGACAAACAAACUGUUGCGGAACAAAAUGAACAACCUGAAGAAACGAAUCGAUGAAAUCAACGAGGAGCUACUGGAAGUGGCUGACUUCUUCCUUGAGGACAAGAAGAAGAGAGAGAAGUUGGUGCAGGAAUAUAAGGAAAACGUUUACUUGGUGCGAAACAUACUAACGCAGGUCCUGGGUAUUAGAAACCCCAGAAGAAGCAACGCCAUCAACUCCAACAACGUGCAUUACGUGAUAUUACAGAACGUGUUGGAUAGUCACAGCGCUCUCACACUAAUCAUCGAAGAGAUGAGGCAUUUAUUCGACAGAGAGUUGAAGAAAUAUGACAGCGAGAAGAAUAUCCACAUACCCUACUUGAGACAAAACACCAUGAAGGAAAUAUGGGAUUACGUGAGACUCUUCUACAACGUUGUGUGCUACAUCGAUCCGAUCGAUUUGGUCAGGUCGCUAACGCAUCAAGCGCCGGCGGGACGUGGGAGCACUGAUAAAAUAGGCGCUGAUAGAAGGGGUGAUAAAAGUGAUGGUAGAAUUGGCGGCAGGAACAGCGCAAAAAGCGGCACUGCAAGAAGUCGCCUCUCUUCGAAAAACGCGCCCGCUCCAAUCGCAACAAAGAGAGCUAGCCUGCUAAACCCCAGGAAAAACAACCAAAUGAUAAUGCACCUGUCCAGGAUAAACCCACUACUAGCCAAAUCUAAAGUUAGGAAGCCAAAUGAAGAAAAACACAUGAAAAAAAAAAAAAAAAAAUUCAUAGAGAGAAAAAAUUUAAUAGACCAUUAUGAAAAUUUCUCCUUCGAAGAUUUAUCCUUCGACAUAUUCGAAGAGAAGAAGGAGGGCGGGUCUUUCCUCAAAGGAAAUAUCCUCGAUACAUUCGACCACAGCAACUUGUAUCGAGUGCAAGAAUUCUUAAACAACAUUAUAGGAAUAAAUGAAGAGUUUGAGAAUGUCUACGAGGGAAGUAGUCACGACGGCAGGGUACACGGAGACGAUGAUGGUUUCCAUUAUUCACUCAAGGUUUUUCUAAAUAUUUGUAUCAAAGAUUUAAGGAGGUGUAUAGUAGAAUAUUACAACCAUCAAUGGGACAUAAAAAUUAUUCUUAAUAUACACGCCUGGAUCGUUACAUAUUACACGAAUUUUUAUCUCUAUGAGAAUAGGAAGCGACUGAACAAUUGCCGAAUGGGAAAAGGGGCUUCCGCUAGGUAUUCAUCAAGUAGCCAUUUUUAUGGUGGAGACGAAGAACCAAUGAAAGAAGGAAAAGAUAAAGAAGAUGAAAAUUCUCUAUUCAUAUCUAGAAUUCAAAUGGUUCUAGGAAUGCAAGCUUAUAUAGGAGAUAACAGUAUCCAUUCUGAAUUCCUGUGUGAUACUUUCCAAAGGUUGAUAAGGGAAGAAAAAAUGAAAAAAAAUAGUAGCAAAAUAAUAUUAUGUUGUUUGAGGUGUCUACAUGCAGAUCUAAGUUUAGUAGACCUACAUGCUCUGUCCACUGAUGACAAUGUGAAGUCCAUUUGUAAGUCUUCCUUAGAUAAUUUUUUGAGAAGAAAUAUUCUAAAUAGCUUAAGUUGGAUUUUAAAAAAUUUCAAGCUGAUCAGUCACGACAGGAGCAUCUUCACCUAUGCUCUUAAAUGCGCCCUGAUGAUAAUCGAGUUGCUUGAAAAGUUAGGUGGAAGUACAUACAUCCUCAAGGGAGAAAAAAAAAUAUACGAUGAAGACGAGGAGGAUGACGAAUUCUACAACACGGAUGGAAGUGAUAACCAUUAUGGUGACUCCAUGAAACAUGGUAGAAACGUCAACAGAGACUACGAUGCAGAAGCAAUUCAAAGGGUUAGUGUUAUGGAUCUAAUAGAAGAAAUUUACAGCGGAAAAAUUGUAAAUACAUGUAUGCACAUCAUAGAAGAUUACAAAAGAAAUAGCAUUCAAAUAAAUCACUUAAUAAUUACCUACUUUGAAUUUCUACUGAAAUUUAAAAAUAAUGAAUACAAUUUUUUACUUUUCUUCGACAUGAAAUAUUUUAUUAUUUUCAUGGAUGUAAUAAAUGAUCAAGAGAGUUAUACAAACCCUAGGUAUCACUGGAUUGCUUGUUUUUUUGAAAAUAUAGUUGCUUGCUUUUUUAAAUUAUGGAGUACUAAUUACUUUCUACCGCUGGAACUCUUUUUUAGCAAAGCCAUAAAUAGAAGCCUCUUCAGUUUGUUAAGCGAGAAAUAUAUGUUGUCCAUUUUUAGCAACUACAGUGAAGGGAAUGACCACUUCGUAUUUGAGGAACUCAACAAAGGGAAUCACAUAAAUGAUAUUUUUAUGGAGAUGAAUAGCCGCAAGAGGUUAGAAGCAUUGGAAUGGUCAUCUGAGGAUGUGGAGAGUUUGAAGGUGUACUUUAAGCAGUUCAAACACAUGCACAAUUUCUUGCCCUUCAUUAGUGAGAUGCUUAACAAAUCACCCAACAGCGUCAAGAACCAACUUAUCUUUCUGAAUUAUAUGGAUCGAAGGGGAAAUGUGAUCGAAGACGACGUGGAGUACGACAUAUCUGAUUCUUCCGAUAGUUGUGGGGCUGCGACAGACGAUGGGACAGACGGAGAAACGGGUGAUCGAAUGAGAGGCGGAACGCAGGUGGACACUGAAACCGGAAAGGGGGUAGACACGGAGGCAGAUACAGAAGCGGAGUCUACAACCCCCAGAAGCGCAUGUCGCGCUGCUACACACGAACAGAGGAAGGUAAAGCAACCCCUACUCUACACCGUGUACAAGCUGAAGAAGCUGAAUCAAAUGCAGGAGAAGGAGACAAAUCUGACUUACAGUGGAAUAAACUGCAAUGUAGAUACUGUCUUGGAAGAAGUUAUAUCUAAUUUGAAAUCCCUUUACGAAUUAAAGAAGUUAUCGAAAAAUAAAAUUUUCACCUAUAGAGCUCUCCUAUUUGAUAUUCCACUGAGCAUUUCAUCGGAGUUGCUCGAACAUAACAGCUUUAAAAAGCUACUCACCUUGAUUGGGUUCGUGUAUAAAGAAAAUAGCGACGAGUGGGUUCUAAAUGAACACUUAGAUGUAGACAUUUUCAGGAGUAUUGUUGAAAAAUGCGAGGAGUUGUUUCCCCUGCCUUGGGAGGAACUACGGGACAGAUUGCACGCCCCUCAGAGGGAUAAGGUUUUCCAUGGGGGCGAUCUGAGUCAUGAUGAUCAAGGAAGUGACAAUGACGAUUCGGGAAAGAAACACAAAGAAAAGGGUGGCACGGUACACAUGACAUCUGACAGGGUACCUGACAUGACAGCGGAUCACAGCGACGAGCAGCUGCAUCUGCUUGAACCCCCCAAACUCAAAGGAACAUUCGUCCUUCUCAAACUAAUGUAUGACUUGUUCAUAUCGAAUGAAGACGACUUCAGAAUUUUCUUCAACGAUUUGGUGAACAUGAUUAGGGACAAAACUAGUUCCAUUUUCUAUAGCAGAAACACAGAGGAAGACAUAAAAGAAAGGAAGAACCUGUACACAGAAAAUGACACAUCUGCUGCCUCAACAGCUAGCCAAAAAAAAGAUCCUAAUUUAGAAAAUUACACAAUUUUUCUAGAACCCAAAGAUAGACAGAUUCUGAAAAGUUGUCAGGAAAAAAAAGUCCUUUCAGAGUUGCUACAAUAUCUCUGGGUGUACAUCUCCAAAUCGGAGCAGCUCAUCAUUUCCAAACACAUAAAGGAAAAUAAAUUUUGUGAACGGUUCAGGGUGGUUAACAAUUACAAGACAUUGGGGGUACAGGAAAUUGAAAAUAUCAUACAUCAAAAGCAGACUGAAAUAGAUGAGAAGAAAAAACAAAAGAAGGAAACGAAACCGACGUCACAACAGAAGUUCUUUUUUAUAAAAUGUGUUUGUGAGUACCUGCACCGAGUGUAUGUUCCUCCAAAUACGGGUCCCAUCAGCACAGGUCGAAACUGCCCUCUGAAUGAGACAUACUUCGGUGGAGACAAACUCCUCACCUGUAUUUAUGAGAAACUGAAUUCUUGGAAUGCCAAACGGAGCAAAAAAAAUGAUGAAACACAGUGCUUCACCUUAGCUGCGAUGGAUUUACUAAGCUACAUUGAAAAACCAUCGGAGGUCAACCCAGGAGUUACCAUCACCACUGGCACGACUGUAACGCCUCCCCCUCAGAGCGCUGACCCGAAUUCUUUCCUUCCGUUAGUUCAAAACAUUUGUUCUUCUUUGAAAGCGUCGAAGGAAGAAGACAAGAUGUUAAAAUGGCACCCACAGCAGGUACAGAGGAAGUGGCUGAAAAUUAUGUUGAAGUUAUUUUAUAACGUGCUCUACGAUAGUGAGUACAAUACCGUGGGAAAACUCUUCCUUGAAUAUAAAAAUAUUAAGGACAUCCUUAAGGACAAGUCACUAGACUUUUUGUCUCCGCAAGGGGGGGAGGCAGAAGUAGUGGUCGGCGUACAGAUAAACACAGUUACAAAUGCACACGGGUUGUACAGUGGCAUCGAGGAACUGCAGAAGGAAGAUCCUUCGCAGCCAUUCACCGAAGAAAUGUAUUUGGAGAGAACGCAGUACGAGGUACACACCGAAGAGGCUCCUUCGAAAAGAACCUCGCGACCAAAAGGUGCAACCACUGAUCAGAACAAAACAGAUGCAGCCCAGAGUAAACUCCCCACAGAUCCGAAAAAAACCGACGCCAUUGUGAGCGAAUCCCACGUCAGGGAAAACCCCCUCAAACCGAUUGCCCCCCAUAAAAGAAAACUGGGUGAUAUAUAUGCACAGGAUUAUUCUGAAUUCUUCAAAAAGAGGAAAUUGCAAAAUGCAUACAUCAACAUGUACAGGAAGAAUCGGAAGAGCAUCAUCGAUUCGCUUCUUAAGAACAAUAAUAUCGCUCAGUACAACGAGAGUGAUAUUAUCAACAGGGUCAAGCAGGUUUUCAUAAAGGCUCGACAGAUGGCUUCAACAGGGGAUCUUCGCAACCGAUGGAAAUCUCGCGAGGACGUGAAGAGGAUACUCCUACUCUAA